AUGCAGCUGCUUGGGUUCCUCAGCCUCUUCUGGCUGCUCAGGGCCUCCCUGGGGGCCACAGGAACUUUAUACACAGCUACAUCCACCUCUAAUGCAUUUUUGCUGAGUGCAGAAGCAGCACCCACUGAUCUCAGCAAUUCCUCACAGACUAAAGGCACAAAAAGGUGGCCAGUCAGUACCCCACAAACUGUUUCUCCCAUUCCUGGCAGAAGAAAAAUCACACAUACGACUAUCAAAACAUCCCCCAACUUUAAGCCCACUCUUGAACCUUUGCUCAAGUCUCCAACCAAUUCCAGCAUAUCAACGCCAUUAUCAAACUUUGUCAUCAAGGUAGAUACCAGUCCACCUACCAUCAUUGUCUAUAUGCCCACUACUGAGUGCAUAAUUCCAACAAAACUCAUGAUCACCACAACUUACCCCACAACCACGUGCAUAACAGUGACCCAAGUGUCCUUCACUACCUCUUACACCACCACUGCUGGGACAGAGAACACAGAGACAUCUGUAAUCAGUACUAAUCCCGCUACAGAGGAAGAACCAUCAGCCACGACCUCUUCUACUACUACAGAGAGUGUCUACACAUCCACAACCAUAACAAACGCACUGCCCACAACGGCUGAAACCACCGUUUCACCAAGUUUCACCAAUACAUUCACAACAUCCACAACACCUCUACCACCUACAUCCACUGCUCCCACAACAGAAACAAGCAAGACGGUUGUUGCAACAUCUAAUGCAACAUCUAUGAAGACAUCAAUACUUAUUCCUACCACAGACACCUCUACAGACACUGUCACUUCAGAAUCUACCUCUACUUCCCUGGCCACUUCAUCAAUCACUCCCACGAUUACAGUUGAUUCUUCCACGACCAUCACCCCGGCUACCGUGACCACCGAUACGGUAACAUCACCCACACACAUGCUUUCGUCUUCUUCACCCGUCCCAAGUACAGAAACAGUCAGCAGUGAAACUACAAACACUACCCCGAUGCCUUCCAUGAGUACCACAGUCCUUACCACUGAUGCCACAUCUACACCUACACCUGCAACCACGGGCUCUAAUUCUCCAAGUAGUACUCUCACCAAUCCCACAACUGAAAUCACAUCUGCGAUCACUACCACUGACGUAUCAACUACCUUUAUCACACCCACUUCUACAACUUCCCCACCUACAGAAACAACCAGGUCUGCCACCACAGACUCUGUAACAACACCUGCUCUGACAACCACACACAGGACAUCAGGUGUCACUUCCACACACACACUCUCCACAGACAGUACCUCCACAUCGGCAAUCAUCUCAUCUCCAACUACCUCUGGUACCAAGGUGACAUCAACUAAUAUAUCUCCAUCAUCUCUUAGUACCGACAGGACUACACCAACACCUACUACAGUCACCCUCUCACCG